CGCCGGGGCCAGGAAAGACGCUGCCCCGCGAGGCUGGUAACGCGGGUGGCCGACAUUCCAAGACAGCCUUUCCUACAUCGAACCAGGAAAGGUGUGGAAGAAAAAACAGCUGGAUUCAGAUGAUGCCCAUGCUGAGGAUGGAAUCGGAGGGGGAGAAAUAUACUUUAACCCCAAUAAUAUAGCACAUUGACUUCUACAAACUAUAUGUCCUGAAGUAUUUUGGUCAAUGUGCACACUUCAGGGGUUGACAAUGUUUUUUGUGUUGGAGCCUACUUUUGUUGGCUGUUGUCUUCAUAAAUGUCUGACUUACUACAUAGGAAAUGUACCUGGGAAGAACCUUGAAGGGGGACACAGAUCUCUGUCAAAGCAAUUAUUUGUCAGGAGAUUCCUUUACUUAGCUGAGCUUGGCAAAGCAAGGAUAUGAACAAUUAUACAGAUUUCUGUAGUCCCAGCGCGGGAGACUGCCAGCAAUGGGAGAAGUUCAAUGGGCAGAAACAAAGAGAAGAGCAAGGAAGUCGAGAAUUUCAGAAAUUGAGAAGGGAUAAGUGGAAGGAGAAAAUGUUGGGCUGGUGUCAAGCGAUAGCUCGUAACCCUCACAGACUCCCAAACAGCACAAGAACACCCGAGGUCUCAGGUGAUGCUUCACAUAACUCUACCUUGAAUGACAAAUCCCCAGGGCGCUCUGCAAGUCGAUCAAGUAACAUCUCAAAGGCAAGCAGUCCCACAACAGGAACAGCUCCCAGGAGCCAGUCACGGCUGUCUGUCUGUCCUUCCACACAGGACAUCUGUCGGAUCUGUCACUGUGAGGGAGAUGAUGAAAGCCCCCUCAUCACACCAUGUCGCUGCACAGGAACCCUACGCUUUGUUCAUCAAGCCUGUCUGCACCAAUGGAUCAAGAGCUCAGACACACGCUGUUGUGAACUCUGCAAGUAUGACUUUAUAAUGGAGACCAAGCUCAAACCUCUUCGGAAGUGGGAGAAACUACAGAUGACAACAAGUGAGAGGAGGAAGAUAGUCUGUUCUGUCACAUUCCACAUUAUUGCUAUUACCUGCGUUGUUUGGUCAUUGUAUGUUUUAAUAGAUCGGACAGCUGAGGAAAUUAAGCAAGGCAAUGACAAUGGUGUCCUUGAAUGGCCAUUUUGGACAAAACUGGUUGUGGUGGCCAUUGGGUUCACUGGAGGCCUAGUCUUCAUGUACGUACAGUGUAAAGUCUACGUUCAAUUGUGGCGCAGGUUGAAGGCUUACAAUAGAGUGAUUUUUGUUCAAAACUGCCCAGACACUGCUAAAAAACUGGAGGAGAAGAAUUCUUCAUGCAUUCAGAACUCUGAAAUCAAGGAUGCUGUGGUAGUGCCAGUAUCACAGACAGGUACAAACUCACAGCCAUCAGCUGAAGAAAUGACUUCUGAGGUCAUGCCAGUUUGACAGAGGUGGCAGUCUUUCUUCACUUGAAGAAUAAAGUGUGAGUGUUUUCUACACCACAGCCGCUAAAGAAAGCAGAGAUGAUCAUGCAUACCAAGUAAAACAACACAAACCCUACCCAGGAAAAAAGGAUCCAGCGAAGCAACAUGUGUUACUUUAUGGAACGUGACCAUUUUGUGAAGUAGUUUCUCAACUAGUCAGCCAGGUAGUGACAGUGGAAGCGUAGAAAGUGCAAUAGACAACAGUUAACAGACAAUGCCAAACAGACAUGACAAGUUGACCUUUUUAAACUGGAUGGCCAGGAAGAUAUUGGAAAGACCUGCUAUUGUUGUUCUGUUUACAGGGAAAAACAAACAAACCCUUUCCACCUGUUUAUUACUACUAAGGGUCUUAUUUGCUAAUUAUCUUCUUAAAAUACACUUCAAAGUAAUACCAUUAAGGUCACUCAUGUAAACCCUCAAUCAACAAAGUUAAACAGACCUACACCAUGGCACUCCUCUAAGCCUCAAGAAGUUACAUGCUUGUGUGCUAUAUUGGGUGCCUGAAUGUUUUGGUAGUUGUAUGAGUUGAGGAUAGCUGAAGGGUAGUAUUGAUCCAUUUGAAUAUACAUUCACAUUUUUGCAAAAAUAUUCAACAGUCAGACUUUGAGUUCUCUAAUUGUCUCAACCCUUUCCUUGGUUCCAUAAAAUACAGAAGUUAUUUAGCCAGAAGGCUUCAGAAAAUUAUUAGAUAAAUGUCUGGAACAGGACCUCUGUUGCAGUACUUUAAAAACUAAGUAAAAGAAACAUGAAUUCUCUGUUAUAUAAGCAUACUGGAUAUAGAAAGCUUUGUUCCAAAAUGGUAAAAGAUUAAGCAUAAACAUAAGUAUUACAGGUGGAAGCAUGCAAUCCACUCCAAAAGAACUUGACAUUGAAUUAUAUGUCUGAAGACUUGGGGAGAUAGAGGGAAGUAAUGGGAAUUUUAAACAUAAGGCUUUAUUUUUUAGAGUUUGUGAUACAGCAAUUAAGGUAGUCACAAGCAAGCAUACCUAGUCUUAAAAUGAUGCUGGUAUCUCCUUGCUCUGAUUUGGUUGAAAAAGUUAUCAGUGGAUUCUUUUAUAUGGGUAAGACUGAGCUAUUAGCAAUUCAACAGUUCAGUUGUUACUUUUGUGUUUUGAGCAUUCUCAUGUUAAGUGAAGUGUGAAUAACAUUAACAGGUGCAAUAGAUAAAUGAAUGUAGAUAUAAUAAUGUGUCCAACAGAGUGAGUUAUAUAAAGAGAAGACUUUUGUGAUUUACUUCCAAUCUCUGUGGUGUUUAUUACUGGGACAGGAGAGGCAAGCUGGUGAGAAAUACGUGUGCAUUGGUUUGGGUAAGUCUGGGACAACACUUGAUAGCAGCUAGGGCUCCUUUUGAGCUUGUAUUUAGGAAAUUGACCUGGGGAGGGGGAUGGAAAGAACAAACACAUUCUUUCGAAGAGGUAGAAGACAAAUGUCUGUUGUACUGAUAUUGGUGUGCUAAUUUUCUCCUUUAUUUCAAUGAAGUUUGGACAGGAUACAGUUUCAUAUUAAACUGCAAAGGUAUAAAGGCACUUUUAGAACAUUUCAUUCUGUUAUGUUUUUACACUUUAAGUUUGGAAUAAUAACCUUAAAGUAAAUAACAGCCAGGAGGAAACUGGUUUAUUCUUUAAAUAUUUAUUAAUGGGGACUACAUAAUUGAUUGUUCUAAAAUUUGUGUUCCCAAGGUAAUUAUUAUCAGAUAUUUUUGGAAUUAAACUACAUUUUAUAAUUUUAAACCCCCAAACCCUGUUUCAUGCAAGAUGCUUAAAUCUAGAAUCCCAGCACAAGAUGCCAUUACUUCUUGUAUUCAAGCACAUGAUUUUUCCCUCUUUAGCCUAUUUGUUCCUUGGUUUGUAGUCAUGUCUUAGAACCAUGGAAAUAUUUAUGCCCUGAAGUCAUGCUAUUUACAAGACCAUACCAAGACUUCUCCCUCCCCCACGUGGCAACAGCUUUGCUGACGUGCAUUUGAAGCUUAGUUAAAGUUUAAACAUUGCAAAGGGAAAAAAUCUUUAACAAAAACUACCCUCAAUGAAAUAUAUAUCUGAACAAUGGGAUGAAGAGGGAAAAUGUAACAUUUAGUUAGACCAAAAGACCAUUAGAGUAAAAUUAACAUCGACUAUAGUUGGGCUUAAAUAAGGGCUUUGAUUCCUUAGAAUAGGGGUGCUCAACUUGGGCUCACGGGACAAAUAUGAGUCAUAGGGAUUCCAUGGAUCAGAAAACUUUGCAGCAGGGGAUGCUCUGCGAGGCUGGCUCCAGCCUUACUUAGGCCAUUGAAACAAAGGAGUAUCAGGGCCAGGCCCUAUCCCUGAACGUCCAGAUUGGUCCAUACUUCUCCCCUUCCAACCCUCCCAUGCCCUGAUCAGGGCAAUUCCAUCCCACCCUUCCACCCAGCAUACACAUCGGUGCUGCCCACCUCUUCCCCGCGUGUCCAGAUUGGGGCCGCUCUGUUUCCCUACCCCCUGAUACAUCAGGAUUGGGGCUGCCCUGCCCUGCCCGCCCCCCCAUGUCCAGAUCAGGACCACUUCACCCCCACCCUUGCCAGAUGGAUCGAGGUCAUGCUGCAGAACCUCUGCAGCCGGAAUGGGGCCAAUUGGCUGGAUGCAACCCACAGAGGGACCUGGCACUGCCCAUUUGGCCUGCAGGGCAAGAUGGUUGGGCACCACUGCCUUAGAAUGUUAUUGUAAAUGUUUUUUCUCCUUGUCCUCUCUCAAAGGAGGUUGAUUUGUGAUAGCUUGUGAAGACUUAGUGGUAGGCAGAAAGACACAUUUGCACUGUAUGAUAAGUCUUGCCUCCAAGAAAAAAAUAUGCAUGGUAGGCAAUACCUCAUUCAAUUCUUUGUCAUUUAUGGAAUUUAAUGGUCUGUAUUAAUCCAAUUACUUUAGUUUACCAGAGGCUUCUAUAACACAAAAAGAACACAUUUUUUUUUUUGGAAAAAUAGAAGUCUAGUACUUUUUUUCCCCUUUUUUAAUGACAUGAAGUAAUGGUAUUGCAAGUAGAAGUUAAAGAUCAGGGAACACUGACACAGACAUAAAUAGUCUUUCCACAGUGGACAGCAGUAAGUACCCAAAUCAGGUAAAACUUCAUCUUGGCAUGGUUAAGAAUUACAGGAACAAACCCUGGGACAGAUACCCACCAUGACCUGCCCUUUCCUAGAUAUACUUAGUUCCAUUAAACUGCAUUAAUUUGGAACGAAGUUCUGCCUCCUGGCUUGAGCAACACUCCUAAUUAAUUUGGGUGAAAGUUAUGAUUUAACAAAGGCUGCAGAACUACUAUACUAAUGAGCAAUUUUGGAAUAUCAACAAGAUGCUUCUGUUCUGUGUUAAACAUGUACAUCCUCUUUACUGGUUUCUUAAAAUGUUGCCAUUACAGGAAUGAAUUAUUCAAUGAUUGAUUUAAAAAUUGGUAGCAACACUGAACCAUUUAUUUUUAUGCUAGCAUUAUGAAGCUUCUUAAGAAAUCCAAUGAUGCCAUGUCAUAUAUUGCUAUGCUUAAAAGGCAGUAUUUAUUUUUCUGGCCUGCAGAAAGUAAGUUUCCUAUCACCAGGACUAGCUCUUUCUAAUUCUAAGCAUUACAGUGAAAUGUAAUAUGGGAUGGAAAUAUUUUACUGUGUGUAAUAUUGGAUCAAGUUUGUGUUGUUUGUUUUAUCCUCUUCUCUUUUGCAAAAUAAAAAAGAUGAAUUUUUGGGUGAAUGUGUGUCCUGAAAGACAGAAGGUAAGGGGAACAAAAAUUACUAGAACUGCUAACUGUUGUGGAACAAAUUUGUAUUUGUAUUAAACAAGU